UACUAUUUGUACCAAGCUCGUUAGGAGCUCAUGUGGCACAGCUGCACAGGCGUACGUGAGGCGCACAGGCGAAACGAAGCCGAAGCAACAAGUGACAAAGCGAGAGAGCAAGAGCGAGCGAAGCAACAGCAGGGUAGCUCGCCAUGGGGUCAUCGCCGCCAGUGGAGAGGCCGCACGCCGUGAUGGUCCCGUACCCGGCGCAGGGGCACAUCACGCCGAUGCUGCAGCUAGCCAAGCUGCUCCACACCCGGGGCUUCCACGUCACCUUCGUCAACAACGAGUUCAACCACCGCCGCCUGCUGCGCUCGCAGGGCGCGGACGCGCUGGGCAGCGUGCCGGCGUUCCGGUUCGCCGCCAUCGCCGACGGCCUCCCGCCGUCCGACCGUGAGGCCACGCAGGACAUCCCCUCGCUGUGCUACUACACCAUGACCACCUCCCUCCCCAGGCUCAAGGAGCUCGUCGCCAAGCUCAACGAGGAGGCUGAGAACUCUGGCGGCGCGCUGCCGCCGGUCACCUGCGUGGUGGCCGAUAGCGUCAUGUCCUUCGCCCUCCGCGCCGCGCGGGAGCUCGGCCUCCGCUGCGCCACGCUUUGGACCGCCAGCGCAUGUGGCUUCAUGACCUACUACCACUACAAGGAUCUACGCGACCGUGGCAUCAUCCCUCUCAAAGACGAGGCGCAGUUAAGCAAUGGAUACUUGGACGACACGACCAUCGACUGGAUACCGGCGGUACCCAAGGACCUGCGGCUGCGCGACCUCCCGAGCUUCGUGCGCACCACGGACCCGGACGACAUCAUGUUCAAUUUCUUCAUCCACGAGACGGCCGCCAUGUCGCAGGCAUCGGGGGUACUCAUCAACACCUUCGACGAGCUCGACGCGCCCCUGCUCGACGCCAUGUCCAGGCUCGUGCCGCCCAUCUACACCGCAGGGCCACUCCACCUGACCGUCCGCAACAACGUGCCGGACGAGAGCCCUGUCGCCACCCUCGCUUCCAGCCUAUGGAAGGAGCAGGACGCGCCGCUCCAGUGGCUCGACGGCCGGCCCCCACGCUCCGUGGUGUACGUCAACUUCGGGAGCAUCACAGUGAUGUCCAACGAGCAGCUGCUGGAGUUCGCGUGGGGCCUGGCCAACACCGGCUACGCCUUCCUCUGGAACGUGCGCCCCGACCUCGUGAAGGGUGACCAGGCGACGCUCCCUCCGGAGUUCUCCUCGGAGACAGAGGGGCGCAGCAUGCUGUCGACGUGGUGUCCGCAGGCCAAGGUGCUGGAGCACGAGGCGGUGGGGGUGUUCCUCACGCACUCCGGGUGGAACUCCACGCUCGAGAGCAUCUGCGGCGGCGUUCCCAUGGUGUGCUGGCCCUUCUUCGCGGAGCAGCAGACCAACUGCCGGUACAAGUGCACCGAGUGGGGCAUUGGGAUGGAGAUCGGUGAUGAGGUGAGGAGGGCCCAGGUGGAGGGGGUGAUACGGGAGGCCAUGGAAGGGGAGAAGGGGCGAGAGAUGCGCCGCCGCGUCAUGGAGCUCCGGGACAGCGCGGUGGCGUCCGCGCGGCGUGACGGACGGUCUAUACGAAAUGUUGACAGGCUCAUCAAUGAGGUGCUGCUGGCUUGAAACACAUGCGCGUCGCUAUCUAUACUCCCUAGUUUUACAUGAAUAAUAUGGGAGGGUCUGUAACCAACCCCUUUCCAUUUCAAAUUUGGGGCAUAAUUUGAGAGAUCACAUGAAUUAAAGAUGGGAGGUGCCUAGUUCUUGAUCGA